CCGGAUAAUAUUCUGGAUUGCUGAGGCGAAAAAAAUUGUGUGUGUGUUUUGUUUGUUUGUGUUUUAUGGUCAUCAUCGGACCAUAAGUUUAAUUUUAAUUUUUUUUGUGGUUGUUCCAAAAUGCUUCAUACCGAUGAUUGUGAUAAAUUCAAUAAUUCGAAUAAUGUUAAUGAAUCUGAUUCUUCUUCCGAAAAUGAUGACUAUAAUUUUGAUAUAACAAAAAAACGUAAAUAUAAUGAUGAAUCCGAUGAUGGUCGUGUUCAAAUCAAUCUGGAUAAAACACUUAUACCAAAAUCCAAUGAUAAAACAAUUGGUUUAGCUUUUGAUGGUGAAAAAUCUGAACUUGAAGCACUUGGUAUUGUUUCUUAUCAACAUUCCAUUUAUGAAGAAAAAUUUGUUCAUCAAAUAGAAAAGAAUGUUGAUGAAUUUGCUGAAAAACAACGUACACAAAAUGAUGUUUCAAACGAUCAGCAAUCAAUUCAACAAAAUGAAAAAGAUGAAUGUAGUCAAGAAGAAGAAGAAGAAGAAAAUAUUACUUCUAUUGUGGAUGACGAUGAUGAAUUACCUACUGCUACUGAUGAUGGACCAUCUUAUGUGGAUGAUUUGAAUGAUUAUUUUGAUGAUGAUGUUGAUAGAUUUUUAGAGGCACCGGAUGAUUGUAAUCUUGAAAUAUCACACAAAAAAUGUGAAAAAAUUGACAAAUCAAAAGCUACGGAAAAUGUACAACGAAAUCGUAUUCUAGAUGAUGGUGAUAUUAUGAUUUAUCGUAAACGUAUUGUUGCUUAUGAAAAUAAUAACCGAUUACAAUCGAAUGAAGAAUUAUAUCAAAUUAAUCAAGAUUUUUUUAUACCUCAACGUAUAUGGGAUCGUUUAUUUGAUUAUCAACAUGAUGCAGUUAAAUGGAUGUGUGAUUUACAUUUAAAAUUAUGUGGAGGAAUACUUGGUGAUGAAAUGGGUCUUGGUAAAACUGUUGAAGUAAUUGCUUUUCUUGUUGCAUUAUCAUUUUCUAAAUCUUUUGAAGUAAGUGAAUAUUAUAAAUAUCUUGGACCAGUAUUGCUUGUAUGUCCUGCAACGGUUAUGUAUCAAUGGGUAAAUGAAUUUCAUAAAUGGUGGCCACCUUUUCGUGUUGCUGUUCUUCAUCAAAGCGGUACAUAUAAAGAUUCAAAUCGUUCUAAAUUGAUAAAUGAUAUAAUCAAAACGAAUGGCAUAUUGAUCACAUCAUAUAAAACACUUGUUUGUUUUCAAAAACAUUUAUUACCAAAAAAUUGGCAUUAUGUUAUAUUGGAUGAAGGUCAUAAAAUACGAAAUCCAAUUGCACAAGUAACUCAAUGUUGUAAACUUUUUGAAACUUGUCAUCGAUUAAUAUUAUCCGGUACACCAAUUCAAAAUGAUCUAACAGAAUUAUGGUCAUUAAUGAAUUUUGUCUUUCCAAAUAAACUUGGUACAUUAGAUUCAUUUAUGAAUGGUUUAGGUAUGGCUAUCAAAAAAGGUGGUUAUAGUCAUGCAUCUGAACAAGAAAUACAAAAUAGUUUUAAUUGUUCAGUAAUUUUACGUGAUCUAAUCAAACCAUAUCUACUUAGACGAACAAAAGAUGAAAUUAAAAAUAAUCUUUCAUUACCACCGAAAAAUGAACAAGUUUUGUUCUGUAAAUUGACUGAUAUACAGAAAAAAUACUAUCAAGAUUAUAUUAAUUCUGAAGCAUUUGCACGAAUCGAUAUGCAAAAAGCAUCUAUAUUUAAAGCAUUAGUUAAUAUACGUAAAAUUUGUAAUCAUCCAUAUUUGUUUUCAAAAGAAUGUAGUCCAGAUGGAAAAUUUGAUAAAGAAUUUUUUAAAAUGUCAAGUAAAAUGGUUGUGGUAAAUGCUUUACUUAAAUUAUGGCAUAAACAAGGUCAAAAAGUUUUAAUCUUUACACAGGGUAGACAAAUGUUAAAUUUAUUGGAACGUUGGGUGAUUAAGAAAAAAUAUGAUUAUUUUCGUAUGGAUGGUACAACAACAAUAAAUAUGAGACAAAAUUUAAUUAAAUCAUUUAAUGAAGAUAAAACAAAAUUUGUCUUUCUUUUGACUACACGUGUUGGUGGUGUUGGUGUUUCAUUAACCGGUGCUAAUCGUGUUAUUAUAUUUGAUCCUGAUUGGAAUCCAUGUACAGAUAUACAAGCACGUGAACGUUGUUGGCGUAUUGGACAAAAACGUGAUGUUGUUAUUUAUCGUUUAAUGACAUCUGGUACAGUGGAAGAAAAAAUCUAUCAUAGACAAAUAUUUAAACAAUAUUUAAGUAAUAGAAUUCUUCGUGAUCCUAAACAUCAAAAAUUUGUUAAAAUGAAUAAUAUGCGUGAAUUAUUUACAUUAAGUGAUUGUAGUGAAACUGGUUUAUAUUUUUAUGAUUCAAAAGUUAAAUUGAAUCGUAAAAAAAAUCAGGAAAAAUUUAAAGAACUACAAAAACAAUCCGCAUCAUCAUCAUCAAAAAUAACUGAAAAAUCUAAAGACAAAAAACUGCCAAAAAUUCCAAAGAAAAAUUGUGAUAAUUCAAAUAAAAAUAGCAAUUCAGUUGAAACAAAUGCUACAAAUCUGAUUGAUUGGUCAAAUGUUAAAAUUGAAAUUUCAGAAGAACGACGACGAGAACUUCGUGAACAAGUGAAAAAAAUUUGUCAAAAACAAUUUGAAACAAAAUCCAAUUCAACGAAUAUGAACGAUGAAUCAUUAUCAUCACAAUCACAAUCAAGUUGUACAACAUCAAGUGAAGUUGGUUGUUCAUCAGAAAAUUUCAAUAGUUCAUCAUUAUCGAAAAAUAAAUCCACUGAUAUACAAUAUGUAAUUGAUAAUCGACCAAAUGGUGUUAAAGUAAAAAUAUUGGGUGAAAAAAAGAAACAACAACAAUCAAAAAAUGUAGCUAAAUUUGAAGGACAUCAGAUAAAAUAUCUGGUUAAAAAAGAAACAUAUAAUGAAACAAAAGAUAAUGUUGAAUCAGCUAAAAUGAUAAAAUCAAAUAAAAAUGAAGAUUAUAUUCUAAGUAAAAUAUUUGGACGAUCAGUUGAAAGCAUUCUACAACAUGAUCGAAUUGAAUAUAAUCCAAUACCUGAUCAUUCACUUAUAGAAAAAGAAGCAAAAGAUUUAGCUAAACAUGCUAUUGAAAAUCUUAAACAACAAAUAACCAUUCAAAAUCAAUCAUCAUCAUCAUCAACAACAACAUCAACCAAUAAUAGAUUAUCGAAUCUAAUCAAACCUAGAUUAAAACCAUCAUCAUCAUCAUCAUCAUCGAAUCAAGAAGAUUUAAGCACUAACAGUAUUUUAAAGGAAAAAGCAAACAAAUUUAUUGGUCAAAAUAAUAAUUCAAAACAUUUACAAUUAUCGGAUAAAUUUGAUGAAUAUAAAACAUUAGCAAUGGAUAUUUAUCAAUUUUUACGUAAUCAUAAUGAUCGUGUUUGUACUGAUAUAAUUGUUGAAGAAUUUCGUCCAAAAAUUCGUAAUAAUCAAUCGGCUGCAUUUCGAGAAUUGUUAAUUAAUAUGGCUAUUUUAGAAUCUGAUAUCAUUGUCGAUGAACAAAAUAGUAGAAAUGUUAACAAAUAUUGGAAAUUAAAAGAUGAAUUUCGUUUGCCUUCAACAUGA